AAGAUCUGCGCCUGCGCGGGUCGUAGUCUGUUUCGACGUUGUGUGCAGAGCGUUGUGACUUGUCUAAGCGGCGGUGCGACGCGAUGCGGAGGCUGCAAGUGGUGCUGGGCCACCUGAAGGGCCAGCCCGAUUCGGACGCGGUACCUGCGCUGCAAGCUGCAAGCUGCUUGAGCGCCGCCCCUCAGGCCUCGGCCGGAGAUGUGGUUGUGGUACAUGGACGGCGCACCGCCAUUGGCCGAGGGGCCCGCGGUGGCUUUAAGGACACCACCCCGGAUGAGCUUCUCUCCGCUGUCAUGACCGCUGUGCUCCAGGACGUCAAGCUGAGACCCGCGGAGCUGGGGGACAUCUGUGUGGGAAAUGUGCUUCAGCCAGGGGCCGGGGCAAUCAUGGCUCGAAUUGCUCAGUUUCUGAGUGACAUCCCAGAGACUGUGCCUUUGUCCACUGUCAACAGACAGUGUUCGUCUGGGCUGCAGGCAGUGGCCAGCAUAGCCGGUGGCAUCAGAAAUGGAUGUUAUGACAUUGGCAUGGCCUGUGGAGUGGAGUCCAUGUCCUUGGCUGACAGAGGGAACCCUGGAAACAUUACUUCGCGUUUGGUGGAAAAGGAGAAGGCCCGAGACUGUCUGAUACCUAUGGGGAUAACCUCGGAGAAUGUGGCUGAGCGGUUUGGCAUUUCCCGGGAGAAGCAGGAUACCUUUGCGCUGGCUUCCCAGCAGAAGGCAGCCAGAGCCCAGAGCAAGGGCUGCUUCCAGGCUGAGAUUGUGCCGUUGACCACCACGGUCCGAGACGACAAGGGCACCGAGAGGCGCGUCACCGUGGUCCAGGAUGAGGGCAUCCGUGCCAACACCACCCUGGAGGGCCUGGCCAAACUGAAGCCUGCCUUCAAGCAGGGCGGCUCCACCACAGCCGGAAACUCUAGCCAGGUGAGUGAUGGGGCCGCUGCCCUCCUGCUGGCCCGAAGGUCCAAGGCUGAAGAGUUGGGCCUUCCCAUCCUUGGGGUCCUGAGGUCCUACGCGGUGGUCGGGGUCCCACCUGAUGUCAUGGGCAUUGGUCCUGCCUAUGCCAUCCCUGUAGCUCUGCAGAAAGCAGGGCUGACCGUGGAUGAUGUGGAGAUCUUUGAGAUCAACGAGGCCUUUGCCAGCCAGGCCGUCUACUGUGUGGAGAAGCUGAGACUGCCCCCAGAGAAGGUGAACCCGCUAGGGGGUGCAGUGGCCCUGGGCCACCCCCUGGGUUGCACGGGGGCACGGCAAGUCAUCACGCUGCUCAACGAGCUGAAACGUCGCGGGAAGAGGGCUUAUGGGGUGGUGUCCAUGUGCAUUGGCACCGGAAUGGGGGCAGCUGCUGUCUUUGAGUACCCGGGGAACUGAGGAGCUCCCGACAGCCAUGCUCUGGCAGCGAGAGCUCAACGCCACAAAUGAAGCCAUGUAAUGGCAGUGGGCCUGCAAGGCGCUUCUGCAAACUGGGGCAAGGCGAACACAGCAGCAGUGGCAGCGCACAGUCUACCCCACACACACCCCCACCCGCCCUCUGGGCCACUGUUGCAGAAAGGGCAGAAUAAAAGUGUGCUCUCCUA